CUUACCCAAACCACUUCUUCCGUCGCUUUUUACUUAAAUUGCACGGUUCUAAACUUGUGUACUCUCGACGUCAACUGCUGCGCUUGUCAAAGUUGUCAUGCAUGUCGAACUGGUCACCAUCACCCAUGUCUCAAACCCCUUACCAGCUUCGAACACCUGGUGCAUCAGAAAUAUUGCCAAGGCUAUAUGUCUCAGACAUAUGCUUCGCAGAGAACCCUGCUGCACUCGCUUCACUGGGUAUAACCCACAUCCUCACCGCAAUGCGCGGAUACGUCGCAAUACCACAUGAACUACCCCUCCAUCGUGCACAAUACCCCCUCGAAGAUCUUCCAUUCUCCGAGCUCGCUGCACACCUUCCAUCCACAACCGCCUUCAUCCGCAGCGCACUGCACGAUCCCAACGCACGGGUUCUCGUACACUGCAUGGAGGGAGUGAGCCGCAGCACCAGCGUGGUCUGCGCGUUUCUCAUAUCAGAGUACGGCUGGACUCCAGCACAAGCUAUCCAAUUCAUCAAAGGGAGACGAAGAUCAGCCGAACCCAAUUUUGGAUUUGUACAGCAGCUGCAGGAGUAUGCUGACUCGUUACGGCGUUGAUCAUGAUAGUGGCGGAGGGCAGCGAGUAUGGACGCAUGUGAUUCCGACGGCCAUCAGAAGCGUGUAUAAGAAGGUCGUUGACAGAAACUUGCGCCACUCUCUUGCAUUCACACACACGCAAAAGUUCUGUAUCAUCUG